AUGUGGCGCGAUCUGAAGAUCGUGAGCCUAAUUGUCCUAGUUAAGUCGAGGCGUACAAGAGCGGACGGCACCCGCUCUUCGUGCCGAUCAGGGCGUUGUCCUGAAUCAGCAGAGAAGGUGUCUCGCAGAAAGUUUGAAUGGGACUGCGAGAAGCAUGAGGUGGGUGGCACAGGCGACAGAGCCGGUCAGGAGGCCGGCCGUGCAGAAACCAACGGCUGCGAUGACGUAGAAGCAGCUCAGGGGGCCGACCGUGCGGACAGCAACGGCGGCGACGUGGAAGCAGUUCGGGGGGCCGGCCGUGCGGACGGCGACGGCGGCGACGUGGAAGCAGUUCGGGGGCCGGCCGUGCGGACGGCGACAGCGGCGACGUGGAAGCAGUUCGGGGGGCCGGCCGUGCGGACGGCGACGGCGGCGACGUGGAAGCAGUUCGGGGGCCGGCCGUGCGGACGGCGACGGCGGCGACGUGGAAGCAGUUCGGGGGCCGGCCGUGCGGACGGCGACGGCGGCGACGUGGAAGCAGUUCGGGGGGCCGGCCGUGCGGACGGCGACGGCGGCGACGUGGAAGCAAACGGCGAGGCCCCCGCAGCUCCAGGCAAGAUAGAGGCUGCGCCAGGCGAAGCCGAAGCCGAUGCAGGUGAGGCUGAUGCAGAGGCUGAUGCAGAGGCUGCGCCAGGCGAAGCCGGAGCCGAUGCAGGUGAGGCUGCAGCAGGUGGCUGGACGGGCUCCUCGGGCCCUCCAGCUGACGAGGCAGGAACAGACGGGGGCGUGGCAGCCACAGGACCAGGCGACGUUGAAGCCGAAGCAGAGGCUGGACCGGGCGACGUUGAAGCCGAAGCAGAGGCUGGACCGGGCGACGUUGAAGCCGAAGCAGAGGCUGGACCGGGCGGCGAGGCUGAAGGCUCGAAGGCUGGACCAGGCGUGGGCGGCGAGGCUGAAGGCUCGAAGGCUGGACCAGGCGUGGGCGGCGAGGCUGAAGGCUCGAAGGCUGGACCAGGCGUGGGCGGCGAGGCUGAAGGCUCGAAGGCUGGACCAGGCGAAGAUGAGGCUGAAGGCGACGGCAUGGAAGCCGGAGACUGUGGCGCUGCCGGAGACGGCGGCGCUGCAGGCGACGGCGUGGGCGAUGCAGCUGAUGAGGACGAAGACUCGGAGUCUGCUGCGGACAUGGAGGCUGAGGAUGGCUGGACGGGCCCCUCGGACCCUCCAGCGGAGACAGACGGCUGGACGGGCCCCUCGGACCCUCCAGCGGAGACAGACGGCUGGACGGGCCCCUCGGACCCUCCAGCGGGGACAGGCGGCUGGACGGGCCCCUCGGACCCUCCAGCGGGGACAGGCGGCUGGACGGGCCCCUCGGACCCUCCAGCGGAGAAGGCAGGUGGCGGCAUGGGAGCCGCGGAGUGCUGGAUGGGCUCAUCAGAGCUUCCAGCAGGAGCUGAUGUAGAGCCAGAGGGAAUUGGGACCCCUGGCUCAAUGUUACGCUGGCCAGAAAACUGAACUGCUACGGAGAACUGGGCCAAUGGGUCAGGUGCGAGCUGAGCUACUGGUGGUGGUGAAAGAGGAGUGGGUGGUGGAGUUGAUGGCUUCACAGGGGAAUGAACUAGGGGUGACUGCACA